CCACAACACCAACUCACCAACAGCUCACCACAUAAACACAUUCGUCCCUCCAAAAAAUACCCAAAAAAUCCAAAAUUUUCAUAAUUCAAAUCAAUUUUGUUUUCCUCCCAUUAAUUUCGCUUCCAAAUUGAUUCAUAAUAUUAAUUAUAAAUACUAAAAUAAUGAAAAUGACGAUGAAAUCUAAACCUCCAAUUCUUCCUGUUACGAAUCACCAACCAAAAUCAUAUCUUGGUUCCACCAUGUUUGUUCCAAGAAAUAGUUAUGAAUUACCCACUUCCCAUCUUCUGAUUUCUCCUAUUGAAAACGAUCACAUUUUGGAAAGAAAAUCCCUUCUUUCAAGGGCUUUUAGCUUCACCGGAAAACCCACCAAACCCACCCAACAACAGCGAAGACGUCGCAGUGUCAGUGAUGAUAAUCUACUCUCUGUUGCCAAUGGUGGGGAAGAGGAUUCGUCACUUGCUACCAGUGUUGAGCAUGCUGCAGCCGAGACUUAUAUGAUCACCCGGCUCAGUUUUAAACUUCUUGGUUAUUUAGGGGUAGGCUACAGAUGGAUCAUAAGAUUUUUCGCUCUUGGUUGUUAUGCCAUUUUACUUAUGCCUGGUUUUGUUCAAGUUGGAUAUAAUUACUUCUUUUCUAGUCGUAUCCGCAGAGGUAUAAUCUAUGGUGAGCAACCUAGAAAUAGCCUUGAUCUGUACUUACCCAAGAAUAACGAUGGGCUAAAGCCAGUUAUUGCAUUUGUAACGGGUGGAGCCUGGAUAAUUGGUUACAAAGCAUGGGGUUCUCUCCUCGGUCAACAUUUAUCUGAUAGAGACAUUAUGGUUGCGUGUAUAGAUUACAGAAAUUUUCCUCAAGGCACAAUGAGAGAUAUGGUUGAAGACGCUUCACGUGGAAUUGCAUUUAUCUGCAAUAAUAUUGAAGAAUAUGGAGGUGAUCCUCGCAGAAUAUAUUUGAUGGGGCAGUCAGCUGGUGCACACAUCUCUGCUUGUACUCUUGUUGAACAAGCUGUCAAAGAGGCUGGUGGUGAGGGAGAAUGUGUUUCUUGGAGCAUCUCACAGAUUAAAGCUUAUUUUGGAUUAUCAGGAGGGUAUAAUUUAUUAAAUCUAGUCGAUCAUUUCCACAAUAGGGGAUUAUACCGUUCCAUAUUUCUGAGUAUCAUGGGUGGGGAGCAAUCGUUGCGGCAUUACUCGCCUGAAAUUGUGGUGCAGGAUCCAAAUGCUAGAAAUGCAGUGUCUUUACUACCCCCGAUGAUUCUUUUCCAUGGUACUGCUGAUUAUUCCAUUCCAUCUAAUGAUAGCGUACAAUUUGCUGAAACACUAAAAGGACUUGGCGUAGAAGCUCAAUCAAUAUUAUAUGAAGGCAAAACUCAUACUGACGUUUUUCUUCAGGAUCCAAUGAGGGGUGGUAAUGAUCCGAUGUUUGAAGAUUUAGUUGCUAUAAUUCAUGCGGAUGAUGAAGAAGAACAAGCCAAGGAUGCUAUGGCUCCUCAAAGGAAACGUAUGGUGCCCGAAAUCUUGCUGAAAUUGGCUCGUGCUGUUAGUCCCUUCUAAAUACCGUUCAUUUCCAACGAAACGAGAUGAUAUCAUUGUUUUUGCUAUUAUAAAACAGCAACGUUCUAUUUGUAAAUACACAUGCAUUAUACAUAUCUGAAAUUCAAUUAGAUCCCAAUUUUCUAUACUGGAUCUCACCAGUCCCUGAUGUAAUUUCAAACAUUUUUCUUUGAUUUAUGGAAAGCUUCCACUUCUGAUUCGU